AUACACGCUAUUCACGCCGCGGCCAUGUUUACACGAAAACGAGGCUUGGAACGCAAGAAAAACAAAAUGGCGUCCUCGUGUUCCGUAACACAGUGGACCAAGUACCUAGGCAAUAUACCGCCCUUGACGUUUGAUAGCGUCGACGCAUGGGCAAAAAAGUCGGCGAAAAUUCCACUGUCACAACAGAAGAAGGGGUAUUCAAAUUUUAUUGAAGGCUAUGUGCACGACGUUGAAGGUACGUGGUUUUAUGUUGUCUGUUUUGUAUCAUUACUUUGCCCGAAGACUAGCGCGCGCGGCAUACAUUACUACUACUGGUGUACUGGAUCAGCGCCCCCUGUCGGCACCCAAACAGCAUUACACAAGCCUGACAUAACUUGCCACACCCCCUGCCGGCUUUGGUUACCGUAAUGGUGACGUGACGCUUCUUGUUACCGUGGCGGUAACAUAAGGCGGCUGGGGGCGUGGCCAAGUUUUCGCUGCUGGGCGCUGCGGCGCUGGAAGUGCUUGGGGGCCGACGGGGUGCCGAUACUAGUUCUAGUAGCUCCGCCUUACGCUCGUCUUCUCCAGUUAUAAUAUUACAUCACCGUCCAUAGUCAUAUUGGUGACAGACACCCAUUGAUAUGUUCAGUAAUCACUAUCUAAAUACAUGUAUAUCUAACUGAUUAUCAGCAGUUCUAUUCAAUACAUGUAAUAAUAUUGAUUGAAUGAAUACCCUUAUUCAAAUUAUUGUAAUAUUAUGAAAUACACAUUGUUUAUACUACAUUAUACUAAUGCCAUGAUGAUUAUUAAAGAUUCCUUUUUAUCUAUGCACUAUGUCUAUUUUGUACCAGUAUCUAUGCUGACAUUCAAACAAACUUUUAUCUGUAGAAAUUACAUGUAAAUUUUUAAGGUAGUUGCAAAAAUAUAACUCAUUGACAUUUUUGAAUGAUAGUUCAAGUUCAGCAAGAAGGGGAUGACGGGUGCAAAAUCCGAGCAAAGGCGUACCCCUCUAUGAGAAAGAAUAACCCACCCUACAAGCUGAUGGUUUGUAGAAAUGAUCACUCCCAAAAAGUUGGGUUGUUGGUUGAAUUUUGGCUUGUUGGGAAAGUCAAGCCAAUGGUUUUGUUUUUAUUGUUCACACAAUUUUCUUGUUGUCAUUUACCACACAUUUCCAUGUUUGAGUUUUUUCAGGUACGGUAUGCCUCUUAAAAGUGUUUUAACAGGUAAGUCUGACAGAUGCAGAGAUCAUUCAUUCAUCCCAAUGCGAAUGCAAGGCCGGAAAUGGCCACUGCAGCCACAUCAUAGGCCUGUUGUACAUGGUGUGCCAUUUCCAAAAGCUGGGGCUGCAGUCUGUGCCGGCGGUGCAUAGUAAAACCUCCCUACCACAGACCUGGCAUGUACCAUCCAGGACUGAGGGGCUGACACCCAAACCAGUUGAUUCGCUAAACAUCAGUAAAGUAAAGCCUGUGCAGCAGCCCACCAAGAGGAGACGGGUGUCUGAGGGUCUCGUGCCCAAGGUAUACUGCCCAGUACCAACACCUAUACCUUGGGCACCUUUCACAGCAUCCCUUCUGGAGCAGUUACAAUCAAUCAAAUCCAAUGCACAAAUCACAAAGGUUCUACCGCAGUCCCAAAACACGCCAACUGUGAGCACUAAGUUUGGUCCUGUACCCCUUGGCUCUCCCAUAUCCUACCAGCAGAGGCUGGAACUAAAGGAUGGUGACAUUAUUAAACAUCCAAGUCACCCCACAUUUCCCACAUUUGCACUACCCCCAUUAGAGUCCACAUUCUCAUAUGUGCUAAGACAGGCAGAGCAAGAAAUGUUCCUAGGUUUGCAUGUUACAGAGGAACAAGCUCUGGAAGUAGAGGUAAACACCAGGGAACAGAGUCACAGCAAACUGUGGCAUGAUGUGAGGAAAAACAGGAUAACUUCUUCAGUAUUUAAACAGGUGUGUUCUAGACAAGGGGAUCAUGACAGCCUUGCACUAAGAUUACUGACUAGUAAGGGCAUACAGACAUCUGCCAUGAAAUUUGGCAUUGAGCAUGAGCCAGAAGCUGCCAAAUUGUAUUCUGAAGUCACUGGCAACAAUGUCUACCUGUCUGGGUUUGUGAUCAACCCAUCUGCCCCACACCUGGGAGCAUCACCUGAUAGGAAAGUGUAUGACACAAAUUCUGAAACCCCUCAUGGCCUAUUAGAGAUAAAGUGCCCUGACAAAGACUCAUUCUAUUCAUGCCCGUACUUAAAGAAGCAAAACAAUGGCACCUACAAACUAAAAUCCACCCACAGUUACUACUACCAGGUGAUGGGGCAGAUGGGCCUGACAGGGGAGAAGUGGUGCGACUUUCUGGUGAAGUGUAGGGACGACUAUCAUUUGGAGCGCAUUGCAUUUAACGAAGAUCUGUGGUGCUCUAUGAAAACUGCCCUAGAUAGUUUCUUCUUCCUGUUCCAUCUGCCACAGAUGUGCAAAAACUAACAUGUCAAUCAAAAUCUGAAGUUAACAAAAAUCUGAAGAUGACUUAGAUAAGAUAUAUCCCUUCAGAAAGAGAAAAAUAUGUUUUAAACUAUGGAAAUGUAAUCUAUCUAAUUUGCAAUAUAUAACUUGCAAUGCUCACUUCUAUGUAUUAGUAGCAUGUCACAAAUAUGAUUCCUACCAUUUACUGAAUGAGUUUGUGACCUUCUCUAAUUGAAUAUGUAAAUAAGGUUGUCAUGUAUAUAAUCUAUAUGAAGUCAUUAUCUACCAUUUCAAAAAAGCAUAUGUUGUUAAUAUUACAGUAUUUUCAAUGCCUUCCAAAUGAUAGUCGGCCCUACACUUCAAACUAACAGCACCGC